CGGUCGUCCAGGUCAAUCUUGCAUCUCGGCAGUCCGCAAUAAACACUUAAAUCCUACCAUCUGCCUCGAGCUCCGCCAGCGAGCCCGAACUUCACACCUACCUCAACCUCUUCCGUCACCACAGCGACGAUGCCCGAGGACGCCCCCUACGACCCUUACAUCCCCAGCGGCGGCCAGCCCGCGACGCAACAGCAAGGAGGAGCUGGCGGCAAUGCGAGGACUCAGGCUCUGCAAGCUCAAAUCGACGACACCGUCGGUGUGAUGCGCGAGAACAUCAACAAGGUCUCCCAAAGAGGCGAGCGUCUGGAUGCGCUGCAAGAUAAGACGGACAACCUGGCUGUCUCGGCCCAGGGCUUCCGUCGGGGCGCCAACCGCGUUCGCAAGCAGAUGUGGUGGAAGGAUGUCAAGAUGCGCAUGUGCCUGAUUGCCGGCAUCAUCAUCCUCAUCCUCAUCAUCGUCAUUCCAGCUGGUACUUGCCCCCCCCGGUCUCCUUGAGCACUUUUCCUUUGGAUCGCGUUGUUUGUCGUUGUGGCUCUAACCAAUUGUC